AUGGCUAGCACCCAACGCCAGCCCAUCAGCCGCAAAGCCUUUCAAGGUAUUGCGGCAGGUAUCGGUCUUCUGUCGGAGAGUAUAUCGGCCCACAAGGCAAAGAGGCAGAGUCAAGAAGACAAUCUGUCCCCAGCCAACACCGAGAGGGUGAAUCAUUCAGAGGAAGUUUCCACCUACGAGCUUUCAAGUCAAGAUAACGAAGGGACUGAACACCAAGCUAGAAUGUUAGAAGAGCAGUGGGCAUUGGAUGAAGCCCAAGAAGAGCUUCGGCAUGAGCGUGGAGUUGAAUGGGAAACCUCCCCGCCAAAAUAUACCGAGACGGAGCCGAUUGAUGAGGCCAGCCUUGCACAUCAAUUCGCAAAUUCACAUCUACCGCCACCUUAUACCGCGAACGAGAACCUGCCACAGCCACGACUCUCAGCACCAGUGGUCCUCCCUCAACGCAGGCCCAAGGCCCGUGAUCGUGGUUUUAUUCGGGCUUAUGCCCCUGCUCUCGCUGAAUGUGGAAUCGACCAGAACAUGUUCAUGGACUUCCUCAACACCGCCGAGAAGGCUUGUCAAGCGCAGCCUUGGCUCCGGGCGAUCAACUUGGCUUCCAUUGGAACCAUGUGGCUACCUUCUGUGACUGGCAUUGCUGUUUCGAUUGCGAUUCAGAUUGCCACCGAAAUGGCCAUUGCGGCCGAGGGUCGUCGAAAGACAAGCUCGUUUUUUGAUCAAGCCAAUAGGGGGUUCUUUCAACCUCGUGGGCUGUACUGUCUUGUUAUGACAUGGAAUCCGGAGCUGGCUGAUGCACCUUCUACAACGGUCGAUCUCAAUUCCUUAAUUUCUCGGGCCACAGGCGGUGGUAGCACCGAUAUGCUAGGACGCCUUCAGCACAAAUUCAAGUCUUCUGACGGCAAAGGCUAUGGCAACAUCUUCCCCCAGGUCGCGCCUCUUGUUUUUCCCGAGAUCGAGCAACUAGUCUCCGACCCAAACGCGGAGAAAAAGCUGUCCAAAUUGAAGAAAAAGGGCCAAUUCGUGGCCAACUAUAUGGAUAAGAGAGCCCAGGCUAAAUUUAUUGCCGAAAACCCAGACAGUCUUUUGGUUCAGGGUCCCGCGCCUACCUUCACCUCACGAUAUGCCGAUCCCAACCACCCCGCGAGUAGCGGUGACCCAGUUGCCUUGGUAACUGGCGGGAAGCUCAGCAUGGAGAAGUUGCAGACGUUCAAGUCUGAGAGGUCUCGUGUUGGGCGUCAUUGCCCUAACGAAUAUCAGGAUGCAUCUGCCUCAAACCCGGCACCACAUGCACCCUAUGGACGCUCUCUAGGCUUGAGAGAUGCCAUAGCUCAAGCGAGGGACUUUCGCAGUCCGCGGUGUUCUUCAAGGGACGAGCUAUAUUCUGCAGGUCGGAACUUCUCUGCAAGAGGGUCCCAGUUGGACCAGAGACAUGACCGUGGUCUUCUGACACCAAUUGCCCAAAUCAUGAAAAAGGAUGUCCUUUAUCUGGCUAUUGUCAACAUGCCAUCGGAGGAGAUGGACCGAGCACAUGAGGCU